AUGACUAGGUUAAGUUCCUCUUUUGUUAAGCAGAUUUCGUUUGAGGUUGAAUAUGCACCGACUUAUAUUACAAAAUGGAAAUCUCAAAGAACAGGUUUGCAAUUAGUCUAUAUAAACCAACCAUCUCCUAUGGUAAACGGUUAUUUCGCGGUAGCCACGGAAAUUGAGAACAACUCUGGGUGUCCGCAUACUUUAGAGCAUUUGGUGUUUAUGGGCUCCAAAAAAUUCCCGUUCAAAGGAUUAUUGGAUGGUCUUGGAAAUAGGCUUUACUCACAAACAAAUGCAUGGACGGGAGUUGAUCAAACAGUGUAUACUUUGACUACAGCUGGGUGGGAUGGAUUUAAAACAUUGUUGCCUAUAUAUUUAGACCAUCUAUUUAACCCUACUUUGACAAAUGAGGCAUGUCUAACUGAAGUCUACCAUAUUGAUGGGAAGGGCAAAGAAAAAGGAGUUGUGUUUAGUGAGAUGCAGGGAAUUGAAAGCCAAUCGUGGUUCAUUUUGUUUAAAAGUAUGCAGGAGGCGUUGUACGCUCCAAAUUCAGGGUACUCUUCAGAAACAGGCGGAUUGAUGUCAGAACUCCGCCAUUUGACAAAUAAACAGAUUCGACAGUUUCAUAAACUGAUGUACAGACCAGACAAUUUAUGUGUAGUGAUAACCGGGUCUAUUGAUCAAGAUGAGCUAUUGGAAAUCAUGUUGGAAUUUGAUAAUGAAAUUCCUUUGCUACCUAAAGUUCCCAACAAAAGACCAUUUGUUGACUCUAAACAUGAUGAACCAUUACUGGAGAGUAUUAGCAAAGUUGUUGAAUUUCCAGAUAAUAACGAGUCAACUGGCGAAUUGCUCAUGUCAUGGAUUGGUCCAAAGGGGGAUGACGUCUUGGUGAACACAGCUGUGGAUAUGGUGGGAGCUUAUUUCACCGAUAGCCCUAUUUCAUUAUUCAACAAGCAUCUUGUUGAAGUAGAAAAUCCAUACGCAACGGAGAUAGAUUAUACUACAGAUGAUUAUUACAGAACAGCACUAAACUUUACUUGUAAUGGAGUGCCAACAGACAAAUUGCAAGAAUUGGAAUUGAAAAUGAAGGAAUUAUUGAAAUCGCAAAUUGUGCCAGAAAACGUUAAUGUGCUUUACAUGAGACAAAUAAUCAACCAACAAAGACUUAAAUUUAUUUCUCAAACUGAAAAGAGUCCCGGUAUCUUUUCAACUAUUGCUAUUCUGGAUUUUAUUUAUGGUAAGCCAGAUGGGUCUGAGUUACAAAAAUGGUCACAAAACUUGGAUGAGUUUUCCACGCUAUUGACCUGGACAAAUCAGCAAUGGAGCGAUUUAAUCAAUGAGUAUUUUGUAGAGAACCAUUCAGUUACUAUUUUGGGUAGACCGUCUGCUAAAUUGAACGCAUUGCACAAGAAAGACAAUAAAUUGAUGAACAAACAGAUUAAAGAGAAAUAUGGUGAGCAUGGAUUAAAAUUGUUUGCUGAGAGUCUAGACACGGCACAAAGGCUUAACGACGAGCCUAUACCCGAGGAGUUGAUAACCAAGAUCAAAAAACCAGAUCCAUCAAAGAUUGCCUUUAUCAAAACCAAAUCUUAUAAAGCAGGGCUUACUAAAGGUGUUGUGGAUUUAAGUACUAAUCAAUAUAUUGAAUCAGAUGCUUUCAAUCAAAUACUAUACAACGAUACACCUAUAGACUUCCCGAUGUUUAUCCACUUUGAGAGCUUCAAAUCCGAAUUUGUUACGAUCCAACUUGUCAUGUCCUCAGCAAGACUCAGACCUGAACUACUAAAAUACAUGUCGAUUAUUGAAGAGAUUUUUUCCAUGUCAAUUGAGUUACCAAACGGCAAAUACUUCCCUUACGAAAUGGUUGUAGCCGAUCUUAAUCGAGACUUGAUUGAAUUCGAAUUAGAUAAUGGUUACGAUGAUCAGUUCUUGGAGUUGAUUAACAUGAGUGUUAAAUUUGAAACUCGCAACUAUGAAAAAGCUAUUGAAUGGCUUUACAAAAUCAGUCAUUUUGUCAAGUUUGAGGAACCUAGGAUAAGAGUUAUUAUAGAAAAGAUAAUAAACUCUAUACCUGACAAAAAGAGGAAUGGUGAAUCGAUGAUGUAUUCUUCGCAGUAUCGUAACUUGUUUACUGAUAGGUCUUUAAGAAAAGCACAGGACUCAAUAAACACUGAACAAUUUUUUAAAGACUUGUUGACAGAAAUAAACGAAGGUGGCUUUGACAAGAUUGCAAGUGACUUGGAAGAAAUUAAAAACACCUUGUUUCAAUUGGACAAUAUCAAAGUUUUAGUUUUAGGUAAUACCAAAGAUUUGGAGAAUCCAGUUAGUAGUUGGAAAAAGUUUGUUUCUCAUUACGAUCCUGAUUCUUUCCAGGUUGAAGCUUUUAGUCAACUUCCUAGAUCAUUCCAAUUUAGAUCCAGUUUGGGGUCCCAGUGUGGUUAUGAAGCAUUUCUUAUAAACAUACCGGCAACAGAAUCCACUCAUUUAGUAACCAGCACAAAAAUUCCAACAGAUUAUCUUGAUGAUGAUAUUGCUCGAAUUUCAUUAGCAAUUGAAUUUCUUUGUGCUGUAGAAGGGCCAUUUUGGAGAGCAAUUAGAGGAACAGGGCUAGCUUAUGGAGCCAAUAUCAAGAAAAAUAUUGAAACCGGAUAUUUGAGUUUUUCAAUUUAUAGAGGGUCAGAUCCAAAGCAAGCUUGGCUCAGAGCAAAAGAACUUGUUUAUCAAUACUCUUCUGGAGAGUUGGAGGUUGAUGCUUUAUCAUUAGAAAGUGCAGUAUCCUCCAUCGUUAAUGAAAUUGCAAAUAGUCAAGAAUCAAACUAUGAAGCUGCAAGCUUCAAAAUUGGUGAUAAUGUGUUCAAAAGACGUGGCCCACAGUACGUUGAGCUGUACUUUAAGAAACUAAACGGAUUGAAUGCUGAGGAUGUUGUUUAUGUAUUGAAGAAAUACUUUGUCAACUUGUUUGAUGCAGCUCAUUCUGCUGUCUUUACUAGCUUACCAUCCGAUAAAAUUGAAGAGAUGGGUGAGUUUUUGCAUAAACAAGGGUACAAUAUCAGCGUGGAGAACAUUGAAGGAACUGAAGAAGAUGAAAGUGAUUGUGAGAGCUAUGAAGAUAGGACUGCUACCGAAACAGAAAGUGGAAGUGAAGAUGAACUUCAAAGUCCCUAA